CCUGUCAAGCUGUACGCACGCAGCCAUUGGAUUGUGUACAAACAGUGCUCUUAAUUUUUUCGUGAAAAAAGUUCCGUUUCACAAUUUUUCGUGAGUUUUUUGUAAUUUUGAGCAGGAUAAAUGGCUUGAAACAUGACGGUGUUCAAUCUGGAACAAUUCCCCGAUGUGUGCCGUCUGUGCUUGAAGCCGGAUUCGAAAAAAGUACACUCGUUGCACGACAGCUUUGAGACGAUUCCAGUGCAGAUCGAAACGUUCCUGGAGGAAGUUAUCUUUCGGUCCUCCGAUGAUAAAUCUCAAUCACUUCCAAAAUUUGUAUGCGACACUUGUCUUACCAAACUUACGGAGUUUGCAGUCUACCGGAACAGCCUAAUACUGACAUUCAAAUUUACGGAGGCUUUAGUUGAUCUGAAGCAGUCUAAUCCUAAGCCAAUCACUGCCCUAUUCAGCGAUAGCAAACCCGAGCUAGACGUACUUUUAAGAGAACUUUCUCUGUGCACAAAACCGGAUCCGCAGGUCGAAGAUCUAUUGCUGGAGUUUGAAUCAAAAAAUCUAGUUGAAUGCGAUGUUUUUGUCAAGGUGGAACCGGAACACCAUUCGGAGUCGGAAGCGGAAGACGGACGGGACGAUCCCGAUUACGAUUGCCCCAAUGAUCCGGACAGUGAUGUGGAAACGAAACCGAUUGUGAAACCACGCAAAAAAUCCAGCUCAAAACUGGAACCGGACGAAUCGUCCAGCGAUGACGAACCGCUGCAAAAGAAGAAAGCAAAGCUGAAAAAGACUCGUACUGCUGGUUCUUCUUCUCCCGCUAAAAGCAGUGGUCCCAAAAAGGUGGGUCGCCCGAGGAUUCAUCCAGAAGGACGCCACCUUACGGAACCGUGGUCCUGCGAUAAGUGUAAAUUCGUAACCAAGUACAGAGUGGCCGUCGAACGCCACAAGAAGGUGCACGAGAGACGCGAGAACCGAACCUAUCCGUGUUCCGUCUGUGGACAGGAGUUCAAGACGAACGAUGAAAUGCGCAGUCACAGUCUGGUUCAUCCGGAGAACCAGGUGGUGUGCGAGAUAUGCGGUGCAUCGCUCAGGAGCUCGACCUCGUUGAAGUCACACAUGGAACGGCACGAGGACAAGCGAAAGCAUUCUUGUCCAUACUGCGAAUAUGCUGCAUACACAAAAUUGAACCUGAAGGCGCACAUGCAGAUCCAUACUUUCGAUAACGAAAAGCAACAGUGUGGAAUAUGUGGAAGCACGUUUAGAAAAUCAAGCCAUCUGAAGCGCCACAUUGAGAGUCACAGCAACGAACGGCGAUACGCCUGUGAGCAGUGUCCUGGACGGUUCAACACGAGCAAUGCCCUCAGAAAUCAUCACCACCGCGUGCAUGUGGGCAUUCGCUAUCCGUGCGAGUACUGUGAUAAGACAUUCGAUCAGAGGAUCAUUCUGCGAGAUCACAUUGAGCGAGUCCAUCAGAUUCAAUGCCAAUUCGUGUGCGACAUCUGUGUGGUCACAUUUGACAGCCAGGAGAAGCUGGAUGCACACCGACUGCGUCAUGAGAACCCGAAGCCCUUGGAAUGUGGCGUAUGCCUAACGAUACACCCAACUCCGGAAGCAUUGGUCGACCACUUGUGCAUCAGCUAUCAGGAAAACUAUCUGUGCUGCAACAAGGACUUGCGCAAUCAUACAAAGUACAACCGGCACAUGCUGGUUAAGCAUAAUGUCAAAACUAACGCUCGCGUGAAACCCAUUCCUGGAAUGCUGUUGGGUAAAAUGCGAGGAACUCGAAAGCGUUUGAUACAGUGCCGGAAGUGUGACAUUGCUUUCCCGACUAAGGCGCUGAAGCUGCAACACAUGAUGCAGUGUAAUCCUUCGUCGGUACCCAAAAUGGAAUAUCCCACUGAUGCUGGCAAUGACAUGAUCCGAACUCUCCUUUGCAACAUUGCGCCUCCGUAUGAUGAUCUCCAGGUGUAGCGAUAAAGGUGACUAUAGUGGAAAAAGGCGCUCAAAAUUCAAACGUGAAGGGCUUCCUGCUAUGGUAGUGGCUGUACCUAU